UGGAUAUAAUUAUGUGGUCUGUGAGUUCAACAUCUGGAAGUUCUUCGAGAAAUACGAAGUGGGUUCUCGUGCAAUGGCCAACUAAAAAGCGUGAUUUGGUCAACAUGAAAUCUCUUUUGUGCUCUUCGGAGGACGAGGUGAGGGCUGGGAGAUAUGUAAACCUGCACUGGGCUGGGAGGCAGAAUACGGCACUUGUUGUUGCGAUUUCAGAUGAUCGUCAAAGGCUGGAAAGUAUGAUGAAACGAUCGAGGUCACCUGUAGCAGGUUCUAGCUGGAGCAGGAAGAUGGAAAAGAUCGAUGGGGAUUAUUCCCCGAGUGCUUCGUCUUGGAAGCCAAGUGAGGAUGAGACUACGUCGUCCGCAGACUCCGAUGAGGACAUCCAAGCAAUCAGAAAGCACAAAAUUAUUGACAAGAAACGCCGACUAUUAAACCGACAUUCAAUGAAUAACCUAGUGACUCCAAAGCACAGGUCCACUCCAAUUGAAUCGCGUUCUGAGUCGUCAUUAAAGAGUUUACGCAGAGAGAACGUAAAAUUCCAGGAUGGCAGAAUUAACAAGGGACGUACAGACAGAUCUUUACCGGCUUCAGCAAGAAACAUCAGAACUGAGAGAAUUAAUCAUAAAAUUCGACCAAUUAAAAAGGAUGAUUGUUUUUACCGUAUGGAAAAUUUGAUAACGAUGUUUGAAUGCCUAAUAGAUUCUAUCACAGAAUGCAGAAAGAGUAUGUCGCCGAAGGCUCGACGGCUGGAGGAGUCACCGGAGGCGCCACAGCGGCAUGAGUCGCUGAAGUUAUCUGAGUCGUUGAAGUCAUCGGAGUCACUGGAUGCACAGACUUAUAACAGGAAACAACAGCGAAAACAUAUGAACGGCUGUCUAAAUGAGGCUCAAGCUGGCCCCAGCCGACCCGUGGAACCCAUGGAGGAAGAUCAUGAGAAUGAGUUUGAUCGAUCAGAUGACGAGGUCCUCAUCACUAACCACUUGAGCAGAGUUCUCAAUAAAGAAAUUCACAGAAUGAAAACGGAUAAAAAUGUCACUCGAAAAACUAUAGAGAAAAGUGUGAAGAGGAUCACGACAGAAAUAAAGAGCUGUCAGAAAGCAAUAGUUGAACUUAAAGCCAAUAAGGAAAAUGAAAAUAUUAAUACCGCCAUAAAACCAACAGACAAAACAGAUAAAGAAUGGAUCGGCAUUGGCACCGGAAAAACAUUGGUACAUAAGGAUAAGUAUAAAAAUGUCAACUGGAAGUCCUAUACAAUUGCCACAAGGUCUUUGCUUCUUGCAAUCUUCUCAAGACAAGUCUUGGCUACACAUUCUCUGUCUGGAAAGAAGUCGCCAGCCUUCCUUCACAAGCCAGCCAAAAGAUCCCUGGAUCCACAAGCAGUUUCUGAUGUCAUUUACGAGAUUACGGACAAAUUUGGCGUAUCAGAAAGUUUAGUUCGGGCCACCAUUACUACAAAGUGCGCCGAUGAAGCUAAGAUGCUCAGAAUGCGUCACGGUAAAUGUGAAGAUCACGAAAACAUCCCGCCGCCACCAAAUGCAGACGGAAAGGCCUAGAUGUUGUUAGUUGACCAGCUAUACGACUACAACGCGUAAGGUAUGGGAUUUCCGAUACCUACGUUAACUUAUUAUACGCUAAUAUAAUAUACGUUACACAUUAUCCAUAAAAAGAUACAAAAGUAAAAAGUCCCACCACUCACCUGAAUGAUUCAAAAACAUUUAUAAAAAAACAAGUUAUAAACCGAUUUGGUAAGAAAUUAGAAACUAAUAAACAAAAAUUUUGAGUUUAGUCAAACACUUUGAUAAAAUUGAGUGUUUACGGGUGAUUCAGUGAGCAAUGCAAUAGAUUCCGUAGGUCUGUAACGUGUAAAGUACUAUAUAUUAUACCUGUUUUUGUUAUCUAAUUGAAUUGAUUAUUUUCAAAUGUGUUUGUCUUGUUUUAAUUGUUAUUGUUAUUAAGUCAAUUUUAACUCUCUGUGUCCUUUUGCGGUACGGUACGAAUAGAAAUACGAAUAGGAACCUAAAAUUUAAAAAUAUGUCUAUUCGACUAAGUGCCUCUUUAGUCAACGGUCGCAAGUCAGACUGGAUUUUAUUUUCUCGACUUAUAUUGAUCCCAAAUUCGUUCCUAUUAUUUUAGUCCUAGGGCUAGGCAAUGCGAGGAUAUUAGCCUUCCCCAAUUUUUAAGCAUUGGGUUUUAGUAAAAUGUUUAUUUAUCGUGUAUAAUUAUAUUUUUGUCAUGUUCAUUGUUGUAAUAUAAACUUUGUUAUAUUUAACUAAACUUAAGUCAUCUGACCAUUGUGCACCAUUUUUAUUAUACCUAGUUAAGAAUUGAAUACCUAAUUAUAGACUUGUUUGUGUAAUGUGUAUGUCUUAUGUCUUUUAUAUUGAUUUCUCUGAUGACUUUUAUAUUAAGAUUGAAUAAAACAUU